AUGACACGAAGGUUAAAAGCUCUCCUGGAGAGGGACCGGGUGAUUGAGGAUCUGAGGCAGAAGCUCCAGACCAAAGAAAAGGAAGUGGACGGUCUCUUCCAGAAGAACAGCUACCUGACGAGGGAGGUCCGCUACCUGAACGAGGUCGUCCAGCACCUGAACCAGAAGCUGGCUGAGCUGGAGGCCGACAAGCAGGAAGCACGAGAGAAGAUCCGAUCCCUCCUGAGUCGCCGAGCCCCUGCUGUCCCGCCUGCCAAAACCAUCAUCAAACCCACCGUGGAUCCCGACCAACUCUGCCAGGUGAGCCGACUGACCCGUGAGCUGAACGUCUCCAACAAGCAGCUUCGAUCGACGGUUCGCCAGGCGCUGACCGACAUGCAGAACCAGCUGGAGCAGCUGAAGGGCAGCGUGGGGAAAGUGGCCCAGGUGGAGCAGGAGGCGGCUGGGGAAGUGGAGGAGCUGCGAUCCCUCUACAGGAAGGAAGCGGUGGAGAGGAAGAGUCUGUAUAACAAGCUGCUGGAGCUGCAGGGGAACAUCCGCGUGUUCUGCCGCUGCAGGAAGAGUUCAGCAUCCAACUCCUGCCUGGAGAACACCAACGACCAGGAUGUGGUGGUCGUCCAGAAGGGAAACAAGAAGAAGUUCCAGUUUGACAAGGUCUACCCUCCCAGUAGCACACAGGAGGAAGUGUUCACGGGAACUCUUCCGGUCAUUACUUCCUGUGUGGACGGAUAUAACGUCUGUAUUCUGGCCUACGGACAAACUGGCUCCGGGAAGACGUACACCAUGAUGGGCCCCAAGGAGAACCCCGGAGUCAACAUCAGGUCUAUACGAGAACUCCUCCGUAUUUGUGCAGAAAAAGAGAAGGUGUCCUACACUCUGAAGAUUUCCAUGUUGGAGAUUUAUAACGACAGUCUGAACGACCUGUUGGCUAAAAGCUCCGGCGCCACGCUGGACAUCCGAGCAGGGAAGUCGGUAUCCGUCCCGGGACUGACCCAGAUCCAAGUCCAGACCGAGGCCGACAUCCUCAGCGUCAUGGAAACGGGUGAAAAGAACAGAAAGAUCGCCUCGACCAAGAUGAACAUCCAGAGUUCCCGCUCUCACCUGGUGGUGGCGCUGGAGGUGGAGGGUUCGGACAGGGUGUCGGGGCUGAUGUCCAGAGGUACGCUGACCCUGUGUGACCUCGCUGGAUCUGAGAGGAUCUCUAAAACCGAGGCGGAGGGUCAGAGGCUGGUGGAGGCGGCCGCCAUCAACAAGUCACUGACGGCGCUCGGACAGGUGUUCAGUGCUCUGAAGUGUAACGCUCUUCACAUCCCGUUCAGAAACUCUAAACUCAGCCUCCUCCUGCAGCCCUGCCUCAGCGGAGAUGCAAAGUGCUGCGUGUUUGUGAACGUGAGUCCGGAUGCAAAGGACGCAGCGGAAACUCUGAGCACGCUGCAGUUCGGCUCCACCAUACGACAGGUUUCACUCGGCAAAGCCACGCAGAACAUCGUACCCAAUAAAAACAAGACCAGUCAAGUCAAGUAGACGACAAGCUGAAGAUCCAGAUAUUAUAUUUAUUUAACAAAAAAUAUUAGAGGAUGUUUGUUUGUUUAACC